AAUCAGAAGCGAAUAGCGUUCGUAACCUUUAUUAUUUCUAUUCCUGUGUAUAUUCAUAGUUAGUAAAAACAAGUCAUAUGCAAUGAAUUACAAUUUGUGCUUUUUCGUAAUGCGAUAAAUUGUUAUGUUGUCACCUUUAAGGUUUUUUCUAUAAAGAUUUAUUGCAAUGAUAUAUCGGCCAGUAUGUGUAAAAAAUAAUGUACCGACUAAAAGAGCAAAGGCACUAAACUAUAUAUGCAUAUCAUCGAUUCGAUAAAUAUAAUGGGGAAGCAAAGUGAAUCAUGUUGGUGGUGUGUAAAAAUUCUCAAAUGGUUUCCAGUCAUUUUCAUCUUAACGAUCGUUGUUUGGUCUUACUACGCAUUCGUUGUGCAACUAUGUUAUUAUAGAAUAGAAAAUGAAGUUCAGAAAGCAUUCUAUCUAAUUUUCUUCCAUAUAUUAUUUCUGCUCUUCUUAUGGUCUUAUUGGCAAACGGUAUUCACAGACUUAGUACCUGUCCCGGAUAAGUUUAAAAUACCAGAGGUAGAAAUAGAAAAACUGGAACAAGCAGAAACAGAAGAAGCUAUUAGACAAAUCUUGGAAAGAUUUGCGCAAGAUCUACCAGUAACAAAUCGUAGUAUCAAAGGAGGUAUACGAUUUUGUGAGAAAUGUCACUUGAUAAAGCCGGAUCGAGCACAUCAUUGUAGCGUUUGUGGUACUUGUGUCUUAAAAAUGGACCAUCAUUGCCCAUGGGUAAACAACUGUGUAGGCUUCCACAAUUACAAAUUUUUUAUGUUGUUCUUGGCAUAUGCCUUUCUUUAUUGUAUAUUUCUAACAGCUACAUCUUUACAAUAUGUUAUACGCUUUUGGAAAGGAGAAUUAGAAGGAAUGGGUAGGUUUCACUUGCUCUUCCUCUUUUUUGCUGCCUUAAUGUUUGCAGUGAGCCUUAAUUCUCUUUUCUUUUAUCACUGCUACCUUGUGCUACAUAAUAGAUCAACAUUAGAAGCCUUCAGGCCUCCCAUGUUUCUCACAGGAAAAGACAAAGAUGGUUUUAGUCUUGGAAAAUAUAAUAAUUUUCAAGAAGUAUUUGGCGAUAAUGCACGGCUCUGGUUCCUUCCUGUUUUUACUAGUCUUGGAAAUGGUGUCACCUAUCCAGUACGUUCGCAACAGCAGGGCAUAACGAAUACUUAUGAUUCCAUGGGCAGUACUCGUAACAGUUUCGGAGAUGGGGUAAACUUUCCCGAGCAGCUGUACAAUGAAGAUACUCAUACUUUAUUGGGAAAUGGAGCCCAACAAUGGGGUGAUGAGACAGAACUUGGCUCUGCACCUUAUAUGUUUCAAUCAGGUCCAAUCUUUAUCAAAUGAAUUUGGUAAGAGAAGCCACGAUUUUGGUACUUGGUACAGGCACUGCCAUAAUACCUCAUGCUGUAAAUGCCAAUCAACCACUGGUGGAUACAACAGAAAUUGUUUGACAUUUUUCAUCAGUACUAGUGAUCUUCAUCUCUCAUCUUGUUUCAUAAUCCAAGAUACAUAGACAUUAUUGAAUUUCUGUAAUCUGUUUACUGUCAUACUUUAUUAAAUUUUGCAAAUAUUAUUUGUCAUAGUAUGUCAUCAGAACAAUUUUAAAACAAUUUAGAUAUAUAUGGCAUUCAUGGAUUUACAGAGUGCCUUGUGCAAAAAUAUGCUUAAUGUUGGCAGAUCAUGAUAUUAAUGGUACUUUUCUUGAGACAUAUAAUCAUAUAAAAUAGUAUAAUGAGGCUCAGUAUUUAGCAUAACUUAUGAUAUAAAUUAUGAUAAAUUUGUUCUGGUAUUUUGAACCACUAUUACAUUAUUCAAACAACUUCUCCAUUAUUCUUUACUGCUUAACAGAAAAGCAUAUUGCUAAAAUUUGUUUAUUCUAGUAUUAUCAAUUUAAUAAAAUAAGUGUGCUAUAUAUGAGUCUUGUAUGUAUACCUGCAAGAAUCGUGUA